AUGGCUGACCAGGAACCGCACUCGCUUGCGUCGACGUUUCCGAACCCGCCGCCGUUCUGGCACGACUUCACGCCUGACAAGCUUGGCCGGAUCGAGAAACUACGGAGCGAGCUUGUCGACGAGGAAGCAGCCGAGGAGGCGACACCGUUGCGGGUGCCGAACCUACCGGACGAUCUGACGAACUUGCAGGCACCUCCAGAGCCUGCGGAUGGACGGUGGAGGGUGUUUGGUGACCAGUACAUGCUCGACGACAAGCUCCCGACACUCGAGGACCAGGGCAUCACCAACCUCCACGCGGCGGCGAAUGAGUCUCAGCAACAGCAGCUGCAGGACAAGGACGGCAAGCAUUACGACCGCGCACUCGAGCUCAAGAAGCUGUCCAAGUCUCUGCUCCUCAACUUCCUCGAGCUCGUCGGCGUCAUGUCGCACAACCCAGCCGACGGCGAGGCCAAGGUGAAAGACUUGCGGACGCUCUUCAUCAACCUGCAUCACAUCCUCAACGAGUACCGGCCGCACCAGGCCCGCGAGUCGGCCAUCGAGAUGAUGCAGGAUCACCUCGACCGCACCCGCGCCGAGACGGCCGCCAUCCGCACGCAGGUGGACAAGGCCCGGAGCGUGCUCGAAGGUCUCGGGAGCUUGGACACGGCCGACGAGAAGCCGGUUGCGUUUGCUGGCGAAGAGCCCGUCGACUGGGAUGGGCUGGCGAGGCAGAGGGACGCGGACCUUUGGGCUGCCACGGACGCGGCCUGUGCCUCAUGA